UUUUUCGCCGUUGGCUUCACUUAAUCUUUGGACCGAUCCUCUCCCAGUGACCUCGGCGAUAUGGAAAACCUUAUAGAACUCACUAACAAGAUUCAAGAUGUGUUUUCAACCAUUAGCUCCAGCGAUGCCCUGGACCUUCCUCAAAUUGUCGUGGUCGGAAGUCAAUCAGCCGGCAAAUCCAGUGUGCUAGAGAAUAUCGUUCAGCGCGACUUUUUACCGCGUGGAAGUGGCAUUGUAACGAGGCGACCCCUUGUUUUACAGCUCAUUACGCUGAGAGAUCCUGCAGCACAGGAUUACGCCGAAUUUCUACAUCUCGAUAAGACCAUUUACGACUUUGCUGAAGUAAGAGCAGAAAUCGAAAAGGAAACAGCCAGGUUGGCUGGCCAAAACAAGGGUAUAUCCCGCAUGCCCAUCCACCUCAAGAUAUACUCUCCAAAAGUGCUGAGCCUCACGCUUGUUGACCUUCCAGGACUUACAAAGAUACCCAUCGGUGAUCAGCCUACCGAUAUUGAGAAGCAGAUUCGAAGCCUUGUCGUGGAUUAUAUCUCAAAACCUAAUAGUAUUAUAUUAGCUAUCACACCAGCAAACAUAGAUUUGGUAAACUCUGAUAGUCUUAAGCUUGCGCGCCAGGUUGACCCUGAAGGAAAACGAACACUUGGCGUCCUUACGAAGCUGGACUUGAUGGAUGCUGGCACCAAUGCAUUGGACAUUUUGACCGGUAGAGCAUACCCGUUGCGACUAGGGUUUGUUGGUACUGUGAACCGUAGUCAGCAAGAUAUCCUGACCAACAAGGCCAUGAAAGACGCAUUAAAAGCUGAAGAAGACUUUUUCAAUCAACAUCCCGCUUACAGAAGGAUUUCCAUUCGAUGUGGAACCGAUUUUCUUAGCAAGCAAUUGAAUUCUCUGCUGUUGAAUCACAUUAAGGAGAAGUUACCGGAAAUGCGAUCCAAAUUGAAUGCAUUGAUCCACUCCACCGAACAGGAAUUACAGCAAUACGGCGACCCGGCCAUGGUUGCUGCUAAUGUACAAGGAGGACCCCUUGUACUUCGGCUGUUAACCAACUUUUCAUCGGAAUUUGUUUCUGCUAUAGACGGCACUUCUCCCAAUAUAUCUACUAAGCAAUUAUAUGGAGGAGCUCGUAUUUAUUAUAUCUUCAAUAAUGUAUUCGGACAAGCAUUGGACACCAUUGCGCCUUGUUCACAACUCAGCAAUCAUGAUAUCCGUACCGCCAUUCGCAACUCCACAGGACCACGACCAUCGUUAUUUGUGCCUGAAAUUGCAUUUGAUUUAUUGAUCAAACCUCAAAUCAAGCUUUUGGAGCCACCAAGUUUGAAGUGCGUCGAAUUAGUGUACGAAGAGCUUAUGAAGAUAUGUCAUAAUUGUGGAUCUAAGGAAUUGCAACGCUAUCCACGACUAUUUGCAAGAAUGGCAGAGGUAGUCUCGGAGCUUCUAAGAGAACAUCUAAGCCCCACAGUGACCUAUGUGGCUAGUCUCAUUGCCAUUCAGCGAGCUUAUAUCAAUACCAAUCAUCCCGAGUUCCUUGGUGCGGCUGGAGCCAUGGCCAGCCUCGAGAGCGAAGGCAAAAGGAAGAAGCGGUCGGAAAAGAAGAGGAAUUUAUCUAUCAACUCUGCAGCAUCCAAUGCUAGCAACAGCCCAAUGAUGCGACCACAGCAAGAAGGUGCUCCAAUGGUCAAUGGCGUUCAUAUUCCCAAAUUACAUGAAGAAUUCUCUGGCUUAGGAGACGAUGGGUCCCAAAAAGACUCGUUCUUGAACUAUUUCUUUGGUGGAGCCAGCAAGCAGGACCGACCUGCCCUUGGACCCCAGGACCUUAUAUCUAACGCACAAUAUGUACCACCACUGUCGAUGAAUAACAUCAUUGAAGCUGAACUUGAGAAGAAAUUAGAAGAAGUGAGCAUGGAUGGAGGAGACGACUGGGUUGCUCCACACGGCACCCAAAACCGAGAGGAUAUUGAAACUCAACUUAUUCGUUCAUUGAUUACUUCGUAUUUUAAUAUUACAAGAAAGACCAUUCGAGACAGCGUACCCAAGGCCAUUAUGCACUUAUUGGUCAAUAGUUGUCGGGAGGCGGUACAGAAUCGAUUGGUGACGGAAUUGUACAGAGACGACUUGUUCAGUGAACUCCUACAAGAAGACGAAACGCUUGCAGCUGAACGACAAAAGUGUUUGGCCAUGCUGGAUGUGUACAAACGAGCGUUCGGCAUGAUCAACGAUGCUUUGUAAAAGAUACAUGGAGUCAAAAAAAGGUGUAUGUAAUAAAAAAUAAUUCAUCCCAAUCCAAUCCAAA